AGCGUUGGCUCAAGACGGAUGUGCGGGGAGUGGUGGACGCUGUGGAUUUUGUGCAAUGAGUGAGGUCGUCCGCUUUCUUCAGCCACUUCCAGCGCAGGCUGGUGAAGCAGCUCACUCGACAUGAGCGUCUGGACUUGUCAGUUCCCGGGCUGCGGGUCCAGCGAAGCGCAGCUCGCGGAGCUCCGGGCGCGCCGGCCCGCAGGCUUCGCCCACGACGAGGAUCCCUCCCUCCGGGUCUGCACCGUCUGUCGUCGCCUGCCCCUGGUGCAGCGGGAGGCACCUCUGGAUGCCACGUUCCUCGCGGGGAUCAAGGAGGAGCUUGCCUCGAUCGAGGAGAGUGAGCAGAACAUCCAAUCCCUGUCGCAGGUGUUUCGGUAUUACGCCCGAAAUGCCAAGCAGCUGGCACAGCUCAUCGUGGACUUCAUGACGAAGCAGUGUUUUCCCUGGGAGCUGCUCCAUGCGCUCCACUUGUUGGACGACAUCCUCCUCAUGGACAACACUGGCUGCUACAAGACUGAACUCACGGACCGCAUCCACGGCAUCGCCGUGCACGCUUUCCGCAAGGUCCAGUCUGAGGCCGAACGGCGCGAGGUGGCCCGGAUCCUCCACGCCUGGCAAGAGCUGCGGAUCUUCGACUUCGAGACGCUGAGCGCUGUCAAGGCCAUGCUCCGCGCCACUGGCGAGGCUGCGUGCCGCAUUCUGGACGAAGCUUCAGCAGACGACGACCUGGACGAAGUGGCGCCGCCUGCAUCAGCAGCGCCAAAGCAAGCUGGGGCUUCUUCAAAGCCUCGCUUGGAGACCCCGGCGAAGAAAGCCAAGGUUGAAGCGGCACCAGUUGCCGCACCACGGCCGGCGGCAAAGAUCGCGGCCAUCAUUCAAAGGAUCCUGGCGGCACCGGUAGAGCGGCCCUUCGAGAUGCUGGGGCUCAAGCCCGACUGCCAGGCCAGUGAAAUUCGGACAGCUUACCGAAAGAUCGCUUUGGUCAUCCACCCGGACAAGAACCUCGGCGCGGAGCAGUGCAAAGAGGCGCUCAUCAAGCUGCAGCAGGGAAGGGAGCAGGCCGAGAGCGACCUUCAGCUGCGAGAGAGAGGCGGCAGGAGGAAAUCAGACGCAUCAGCUGACAACAUUGAUCUGGAAGUAAAGCCAUCGAACAAGUGUCCCUACCCAGGAUGCGAUUUGCCACCCUGCAAGCAGUGCCCAAACCGAUGUUGCACACGUAACAUCACGCACUGCCACAUGGUGGCGCGCAGCAAAGGAGGGCUGCAUUGCUACUUCCACCCACCUCCUCGAUCCUGGGCGCGAAACGCGCCAAACGCCCAAGGCAAUGCGCCAGUGUGACAUUGGGUCCGUCCAGCUUUGGAGGAACGAAGUGCCUCGGGCGGGUGGCAGGU